GACUGGUGCCUGUGGGAGGAAGCGCGCAGCUAAAAUGGAGGCGGCCGGCUUGAUGCAGCGCGCUAGGCCUCCGCUUGGUUUCAUUUGAGAUUGUAAACAUGGUGGGGGUGGGGUUGGGGCCUGCUACUGGGGCCACCGCCUACUUGGCUUUACUGGGCGGCAGAUAAUCUAAUUAACAGAGACGUUCAAUUGAAAUACUAAGAAUUCAUUCUUUUAUGAGAGUUGCAAAGUUUGUAAUAUACGUGAAGUGAAAUUUACAACGUGGAAGGGUUUAGUGUUGCCUGCUCAUCCCUUAAUAAUCCGGACACACAGACAAUCCACAUGGCGUGUAGUUAAGUAGUCAUUGAUGUGGAGAUGUGUGCUGCAUGGCAUAUGCUUCCCAAGCAAUGGAGGGUGUAGCACACGUCCCUUGUACCUGCAGAUUAACCCUUCCUCAUAGGAAUUUUCUAUGUGUCAUGGGUUGUUAGAAUUCCAAAGGAGCCAGGCAAACAAGAGCACCUUACUAGGGAAAUGUCAAUGUGUGUACUGAUAUUUGAAUACCAUGAGGUGAAGACCCCACACUUUGAGCCUCUUGCUAACUACGUUUCGGGGCAAAUUUACUAAAACUUUAAUAUUUCUUAUUUUUUUUUCUUUUUAUGAAUUCAAAUAAACUCAUUUCCGCAAAUGUCCAUGGCAUUUACUAAAAAAUCUGAACUGAAUAAGUAGGUGUAGGAAAAAUUCGCGAAACUCUGAAUUUUUUGACUGGUCGCAUCUGAAUUUUGAGCUGUUUUGUCAACACUUUUUUUCUGAGACUUUUAGCGCUAAAAAUCCAGCUGUUAGUAAAUAGCCCCCAAUAUGUCUGUAUAUUUUUCACAGACCAUUAGUUUAGUGUUUUAAGACAUUUGACCAAAAUCAACAUUACUUUUGUUUUGAAGAAGUGCUGGGCAAAAAACAAUGGGUUUAUAAUGUCUGUUCCUUAUACCAGAUAUGGCUAGUACCGUGUACUGUGCCCACUUUAGAGCAUGUCCUUUUUGAGGCAGCUGCAAAGUGUUCCUGGCAAUUAUUUUCAGAUGUUGGCAACUAUGUAUGGUCUGAGCCAUAUGUCUUCCUUUAUUACAAGGUUAUGAUAUAUCAGUAAAGUGCUCACUUGGUUGUGUUGGCUCGUUUUAUGCAGUAAGUGUGGGUAGGUCAAAUACCAGCAGACUGAUAGCCAUGGCUCCUAAAAUCCCUCAGGCUCUAAAAUUGUUAGGUUAUUCAGUAUAUGUUUAGAUCAUGUUCCUCAUGUUAGCUGCCAAAAAAAGCAGUUUGGUCUCCCAAAGUAGCCAAGCUGGCUCCCUAGUCUUAUAUAAAGUUUGCUACUAUGCUGGAUCAACUUUUGUGUUUCAGGCUGGAAAUAGUGUUACAUUUAAGUUUUACUACAAAUGAUUACAUAAUAUAAAAUACAUCAUACAGCUGAUCAUGCCAUUGUUACACGUGGCAGCAAUUCAUGAUCUGACGUUAACAUCACAGCUGGUGUUUUACAUCACUUUGCCCCAGUAUGGAUAUCCGGAAUAACAUUAGUCAGUUCAGUAUGCUUGAGGACUGUACAGUAAUUGAAGGUCACCUUCAGAUCUUGCUUAUGUUCACCAGCAAACCAGAGAACUUCCGAGGGUUGAGAUUUCCCAAGCUCACCAUGAUCACAGAUUACCUCCUGCUUUUCCGGGUCUAUGGCUUAGAAAGUCUAAAGGACCUUUUUCCCAACCUCACAGUUAUCCGUGGUACUCACCUCUUUUUCAACUAUGCCCUAGUCAUCUUUGAGAUGGUCCACCUGAAGGAGAUUGGGCUCUACAACCUAAUGAACAUUACUAGGGGGUCUGUUAGAAUUGAGAAAAAUAAUGAACUUUGUUAUCUUUCUACGAUUGAUUGGUCCAUAAUUCUUGACUCUGUGGAGGAUAACUACAUUGAACUCAACAGGGACAAUAAAGAGGAGUGUGGAGAUGUUUGUCCUGGUGCAGGAAAAGGCAAGAGCAAAUGCAAACAGAUAGUAGUCAAUGGAGCAUUCAUUGAGCGCUGCUGGACACAGGACCACUGUCAAACAGUGUGCCCUUCAGAAUGCAAGGGAAGUGGUUGUUUGCCAGAUGGACAGUGCUGCCACUCAGAGUGCCUUGGAAGCUGCAGAAAGCCUAAUGAUCCAACUGAGUGUACCGCCUGCCGGCAUUACCAGUAUCAGGGUGUGUGUAUCAGUGCAUGUCCCGAGGGGUCUUACCGGUUCCAGGGUUGGCGGUGCAUUGACUUCAAUACCUGUCAAGAAAUGCACAACCGGUGCCCAAAUAAGGAAAAUUCCUGUCCUCCUUAUGUCAUCCACAAGGGAGAGUGCAUGCCAGAUUGCCCAUCAGGCUAUAUUGCCAACUCAACUACCCGUACUUGUACACCAUGCGCAGGACCUUGCCCCAAAGUUUGCACCAUCUACCAAAGUGUCAAGACCAUAGACUCUGUGACAUCUGCUCAAGAAUUAAGAGGGUGCACAGUGGUCAACGGUAGUCUUAUCAUCAACAUCCGUGGAGGCAAUAAUAUUGCAACAGAAUUAGAAGCUAACCUGGGCCUCAUUGAGGAGAUUUCUGGAUAUCUUAAGAUCAGAAGAUCAUAUGCAUUGGUGUCUUUGUCAUUCUUCCGCAAGCUGCGUUUAAUUAGGGGAGAAGUGUUGGAAGCAGGUAACUAUUCCUUCUAUGCUCUGGAUAAUCCCAGUCUACGCCAGCUGUGGGACUGGCAUAAGCACAACCUGACCAUCAUACAUGGCAAGCUCUUCUUCCAUCACAACCCACGACUAUGUCUAGCGGAGAUUCACCAAAUGGAGGAGGUUACAGGAACAAAGGGCCGGCAAGACAAGAAUGAUAUAUCUACAAAGACCAAUGGAGAUCAGGCAUCUUGUGAGGACAAUUUACUGAACUUUAACUUUAUAAGGACAUCGCAUGAUAUGGUGCUGUUAAAGUGGGAUCCUUACUGGCCCCCUGAUUACAGAGACCUCUUGGGCUUCAUGGUGCAUUAUAAGGAAGCACCCUACCAGAAUGUCACAGAAUUUGAUGGUCAGGAUGCUUGUGGUUCCAAUAGUUGGACAGUGGUAGAUAUGGAUGCCCCAGAACGAAGUGCUGAUGGCAAGACUCUAUCUCCGGGAUGUUUGCUCCGUAACCUGAAACCAUGGACUCAGUAUGCAGUGUUUGUUAAAACACUGGUAUCCGGAUCAGAUGAAGGAAGAACUUAUGGUGCAAAAAGCAAAAUUAUCUAUAUUCGUACCAAUGAAACCAUCCCCUCUGUUCCUCUGGAUCCUUUCUCUGUGUCCAACUCAACCUCUCAGAUUAUUCUAAAAUGGAAACCACCUUCUGAGCCCAAUGGAAAUGUCACUCACUACCUUGUGUACUGGCAAGAACAACCUGAAGACAGUGAACUUUAUGAGCUGGAUUACUGCAAUAAAGGUCUUAAGUUGCCUUCCAGAACUUGGACUCCUCCCUCGGAUAUUGAGGAAAAUGGAAAUAUAAAUCAGACAGACCAACCUUCAUCCAAGUGCUGUCCCUGUCCCAAAACUGAUUUCCAAAUCCAGAAAGAACAGGAUGAAUCAGCAUUCAGAAAAACAUUUGAAAAUUAUCUACAUAAUGAAGUUUUUAUACCUAGACCUGUUCGAAAACGGCGUGAACUAUUUGGAGUAGCCAAUGGAACUCUGCCAGACCCAGUGACAGCCCCUUCUCUCUUCAAUGCCUCCUCCACCCGUGCUCCGGAUGAAACAGAGCCAAAGAUAUAUUCACAGAAAGUUUGGUUUAAGGAGUCUCUAAUGGUCACUGGCUUAAAGCAUUUUACUGGUUACCGCAUUGAGAUUCAUGCCUGCAACCACGAACUCUCCAUGGGAUGUAGCGUGGCAGCAUAUGUUAGUGCAAGGACAAUGCCAGAGGCCACUGCCGACAAUGUUGUGGGACCCAUCACCUAUGAGUAUAUUGAACCUAAUAUAAUCCAUUUAAAAUGGCAAGAACCAAAAGAUCCAAAUGGGCUAAUAGUUUUGUAUGAGGUGCAUUACUCCCGAGUUGGGGGCACAGAGGAAGUGAUUAGCUGCGUGUCACAGAAGCAGUAUAGCACAGACAAAGGGGCAAAACUCAGGGUAUUAACCCCAGGGAAUUACAGUGUAAAGAUCCGUGCAACCUCCCUGGCAGGCAAUGGAUCAUGGACAGAACCAGCCUACUUCCAAGUGCCAGACCACCCUCACAGCAGCAUAGUGAAAAUCGUCACUGGUCCAGUAAUUGCAGUCAUUCUUCUGCUUUUUGUCCUGGUUUACUGUGUUAUUCAGAAGAAAAAAGAUGCAGAAGGCCCAGUUGGACCACUCUACGCCUCCUCUAAUCCUGAAUAUCUUAGUGCAAGUGAAGUCUACAUCCCUGACGAAUGGGAGGUACCACGUGAUAAAAUCAGCUUACUGCGAGAAUUGGGCCAGGGCUCAUUUGGAAUGGUGUACGAGGGUAUUGCCAAAGAUAUUAUCAAGGGAGAGCCAGAAGUUCGUGUUGCUGUGAAAACUGUGAAUGAGUCUGCAAGCCUUCGAGAGAGGAUAGAAUUCCUAAAUGAGGCUUCUGUCAUGAAGGCAUUUAGCUGCCACCAUGUGGUCCGUCUGCUUGGUGUGGUGUCCAAAGGUCAGCCAACACUUGUCAUCAUGGAGUUAAUGACGCAUGGGGAUCUCAAAAGUUACCUGCGCUCACUGCGACCUGAUGCAGAGAAUAACCCAGGACGUCCUGCUCCUACCCUUAAAGAAAUGAUCCAGAUGGCAGCGGAAAUUUCAGAUGGCAUGGCAUAUCUCAAUGCUAAAAAGUUUGUACACAGGGAUCUGGCUGCUAGGAACUGCAUGGUUGCUGAAGAUUAUACUGUGAAAAUUGGAGAUUUUGGAAUGACACGAGAUAUCUAUGAGACAGAUUAUUACCGAAAAGGGGGAAAGGGGCUGCUGCCUGUUAGAUGGAUGUCCCCUGAAUCACUGAAAGAUGGAGUGUUCACAACUUUCUCAGAUGUCUGGUCCUUUGGAGUUGUUUUAUGGGAAAUAACGAGUUUGGCAGAACAGCCAUAUCAGGGACUUUCUAAUGAGCAGGUCCUGAAGUUUGUCAUGGAUGGAGGUUCACUUGACCAACCGGAGAAUUGCCCUCCAAGGCUGCAUAGUCUGAUGCAGAUGUGCUGGCAGUAUAACCCCAAGAUGCGGCCUACCUUCUUGGAGAUUAUCGACAUGUUAAAAGAUGACCUGCAUCUUAGUUUUCAGGAAGUCUCAUUCUACUACAGUGACGAGAACAAGCCACCUGAAACAGAUGAUUUGGAAAUUGAUUUUGAAAAUAUGGAGAGCACACCCCUGGACCCUUCUUCCUGUUCUUUACGGGAUCAGUCGAAUCGGGGGAACAUUUAUGAAGAACACAUCCCCUACACCCAUAUGAAUGGUGGCAGAAAAAAUGGACGUAUACUGUCUUUGCCACGGUCCAGCCCAUCCUAACAUAUAAUACUCUGUAAAAUUCUAAGCAUCUUAACCCUCCGUCAAAUCUCAGGACAGAACAAUUCCCAUGGCUAGAACAUCAAACCAACAACACCCUCUUCAGGUUUUGAAUGUCUCAUUAUCUAACUGGGUUCAUGAAUUUAUUGUCAUGUUUGUUUUGUUUUCUGACAGUUUUGACAGGCUGACUAUAGGGCAAAACUGUGAACGGACAUACAAGAGGUUGGUCUCCAAUCUACACUAGAAUGCCUAUUUAUUUUCAGUGGCUGUUAACCAGCAGUUUUUCAGUGUGGCAUGGAUAUGGGAGGAAGAAGAGGAAAUGCAUCCAUAUGCAAAUUACCAGAAAAGCACAUGUGCGCACCAAAAAAAGAUGAAAAAUCCCUGCUGGUUCAACAUGAUAUUUUUUAUCUGUGGCGGAUUAGCUUUUGGUGGAUCUUGGCCUCCUCCUAUUGGUUGACCAAGCCAAAGUGAAGUUUGGAUGUUCAUUGACCUCGGAGUAUUUUAAUCCUGCUGCUUUCUCUGAGAAUGGGUGGAAAAAUAAGACUAAACUUGGGUAAUAAGAGAGUCUGGGAAUGUAGGACAAGCCAGAUGUACCUCACAGGGGGAAUAUCUUAACUCAGUGAUAAUCAGAAGCCCUCUCUGUCCCAUUCACCUCUUCAUUAACAUGACCUGCUGAGAAGUUUUACCUACAGUAAAGAAGCCUUUUGCUAUACUUAAGUGCAAAAACCGGGCUUCUGAGUUCGACCCCUCCUCCUCUCUGUUAAGUGGUGUGGUUUUCCAGCUUUGUUUGAGGCAUGGAGGCCAUAAAGGACAUGAAAACUAGCUGCCUUUAAGGCCAACACAGAUUUGGGGUCGGUUUUAUGUUUGUUUGUCAGGUAUGUUAU